ACGAUGGGUAAUAAUUUAUGUCAGUGUUGCCUCUCUAGGCUGGAAUGCACAUUUAUGCGAGAGCAGCCUCUAAGGGGAAACGUGUUCAGUCAAAUAUGGGUGCAAAGAACCAUGCUAUUGUCAUGCCUGAUGCAAGCAUCGAUGCAACAUUAAAUUCCUUAAUUGCUGCUGGUUUUGGAGCUGCUGGACAAAGGUGCAUGGCUCUCAGUACCGUUGUAUUUGUUGGGGGAUCAAGACCAUGGGAGGAUGAACUGAUUAAACGUGCCAAAGCAUUGAAAGUAAAUGCUGGCAUUGAGGCUGGGACCGACCUUGGUCCUGUCAUUAGCAGACAGGCAAAGGAUCGUAUUUACAGAUUGAUCCAAAGUGGAACUGAAAGUGGUGCGAGGGCAGUGCUUGAUGGGAGAAACAUCGUGGUGCCUGGUUAUGAAGCAGGCAACUUUGUGGGGCCUACAAUCUUAGCUGAUGUCACAUCUGACAUGGAAUGUUAUAAGGAGGAGAUUUUCGGUCCAGUUCUCCUCUGUAUGCAGGCCGAAAGUCUUGAAGAGGCUAUCACCAUUGUCAACAAUAACAAGUAUGGUAACGGAGCAUCCAUCUUCACCUCAUCAGGUAUAGCUGCAAGGAAGUUUCAGAAUGAUAUAGAAGCUGGCCAGGUUGGCAUUAACGUGCCUAUUCCAGUUCCUCUCCCAUUCUUCUCAUUCACUGGUUCAAAGGCUUCUUUUGCGGGUGAUCUUAACUUUUAUGGCAAGGCUGGCGUACAAUUCUACACUCAAAUAAAAACUGUAACUCAGCAAUGGAAAGAUUUGCCGGUUCAGGGCGUUUCCCUGGCAAUGCCAACAUCUCAGAAAACAUAGAUUCUAGUAUCCAAAUCUUCUUGUCUUCAUGGUUGAAUUUUAUUGAAAAUUUUUCUUAUAUGUUUAUGAUCCUUCUUCCCAAAAUUUGCUCAGAACAACGCAGUGUUCUACUUCUUGUGAUCUGUCGAGACUGGCAUGUUCUUGCAUUAUUGUGAUUUAGGCUUCGUUUGGGACAGCUUUUUUGUUGCUUUCUAAA